AUGUCUACCAACCUCCCAUCUCACCACUUCCUCUCAGGAAAGUCGAUAUUUGUCAUCGGCGCUGGCCUUUCCGGCUCUGCCUUUGUUGCUAGCCUCCGGGCUGCAUGGGACUAUGACAGUCCUUUUCCAGACAUCUCGGUGUUUGACCGUGACCCCAAGGCUACACAUGAACGACGUGGGGGCUACAGCUUGUCUCUUAUUGGAAGCGACGUAUCAGGCGGGCUCAUCGCUCUCAAUAAGAUGGGACUUCUCCUCGAUGUUUUGCGCGGGGCCAUCGCAGGCGUAGGCGACGACGGUGCUUUUAAGCUCUGGACAUCGGGUUGGAUAGAGAUGGGAGGAGGACGACGCUCCCCCCUGCAAGGAAUACCGACAGCAAACGUACGCAUUUCCCGGAAGCAGAUUCGUCAAAUACUGCUUGAAGGUGCUCAGCUCAACAACGAAGACGCCGUAUACUGGGGUACUCAGUGCCUGUCCAUGUCGAAGCUGCCUUCUGGUCGCCUGGCGGUGGAAACAAUCCGAGUCGAUGAAAACAAGCCUCGGUUUAUGGAUUGCGACAUCGUCGUCGUUGCGGACGGCGCCAAUAGCAAGAUCCGCAGCUUUCUACGGCCGAGCGAUGUCCUGGAAUACACAGGGGCAGUUCUGCGCACAGCGGUGUCCAGAUUUUCCGGUCCGUUGCCAAAGGAAAUUGGCAGAAACUGGGGGUUUGUUCUAUCUGGCAGCGGCACAUCAUGCUUCGUGUCCCCGGCAGGAAAAGGGGAUCUUCAAUGGGCCGUUGGUCAUUUGGAGCCCAAGGUGUCGACUGAAAUACGGGAUGUCGAUCAUGCGAAGCUCAUCGUCCAGCAAUGCGCGAGUUUGGGCUCCAAUAUUGCAGAACCUUUCAAGACCAUUCUCUCCAAGACAGAUCCGGAGACGGUGAUGUGCAUCAAUGCCCACGACAAGCUACCCUUUCAGCAUUCCGAGAUAGGCAAAAUGCCAGUUGUCUUCAUCGGCGAUAGCAAUCAUGCCCUGAGCCCGUUCGCAGGAUACGGUGCGAAUCUUGGGUUAAGCGACGCGUGGGAUCUGGCAGAGCAACUCGUUAAAGGCAACUCUUUGGAAGAGGCAGUUGCAGCGUAUGAUAGCAUCAGCUAUCCACGAGCAAAGGGGGUUGUCACCCGCUCUCGAAAAUUGUUGCGGACUGGUCACAGCACUGGGUUGCGAUAUCUCCUCUUUAUGCUUGCGCUGCUGGUAUUAAAGGCAUUUCGUUGGAUUUUUCGUAGAUAG